UGUUACUGCUUAGUGCUAGUGCUGCUGACACAUCCAGCAGACAACAUUCCCUAAAAUUCUUGACAAAAAAAUGAGAAUUUUCACAAAAGCAAAGAAGUUUUACUUCUCUGUGAGAGCCAAAGAUAUUUUAGAGAAGAAUUCAUCUUUUGCUUUUCCAGUUGAACAUUUUCUCACAACAAAAGCCAUGCAAAUAGAGCUCUCUACCUUCUUCUUUCUGUGCUUUUUGAGAUUCAGCUUUAGUAUUACCAGAAGAUACUAUCUAGGUGCAGUAGAACUGUCCUGGGACUACAAGCAAAGUGACCUGCUUGGUGAGCUGCACAUGGACACAAGAAUUCCUCCUAGAAUGCCAAGAUCUUUCCCAUUCAACACUUCAAUCAUGUAUAAAAAGACUGUGUUUGUAGAGUUCACGGAUCAACUUUUCAACAUCGCCAAGCCCAGGCCACCCUGGAUGGGUCUGCUGGGUCCAACCAUUUGGGCUGAGGUUUAUGACACAGUGAUCAUUACACUUAAAAACAUGGCUUCUCACCCUGUCAGUCUUCAUGCUGUUGGUGUGUCCUACUGGAAAGCUUCUGAAGGAGCUGAAUAUGAUGAUCAGACCUGUCAAAGGGAGAAGAAAGAUGAUAAAGUCUUUCCUGGUGAGAGCCUUACAUAUGUCUGGCAGGUGCUGAAAGAGAAUGGUCCAAUGGCCUCUGACCCACCUUGUCUCACCUACUCUUAUCUUUCUCAUGUGGACCUGGUGAAAGACCUGAAUUCAGGCCUUAUUGGAGCCCUGCUGGUGUGUAAAGAAGGAAGUCUGACCAAGGAGAGAACACAAACCUUGCAUGAGUUUGUACUACUUUUUGCUGUAUUUGAUGAAGGGAAAAGUUGGCACUCAGAAACAAAGGACUCCUUGGAACAGGCUAUGGAUUCUGCAUCUGCUCAGGCCUGGCCUAAAAUGCACACAGUUAAUGGCUAUGUAAACAGAUCUUUGCCAGGUCUGAUUGGAUGCCACAGGAAAUCAGUCUAUUGGCAUGUGAUUGGAAUGGGCACAACCCCUGAAGUACACUCAAUAUUCCUUGAAGGUCACACAUUUCUUGUGAGAAACCAUCGCCAGGCUUCCUUGGAAAUCUCACCAUUCACUUUCAUUACUGCUCAGACACUUUUGAUGGACCUUGGGCAAUUUCGACUGUUUUGUCGUAUUUCUUCCCACCAACAUGAUGGCAUGGAAGCUUAUGUCAAAGUAGAUAGCUGCCCAGAGGAAUCCCAACUACGGAUGAAAAAUGAUAAAGAAGAGGAAGAUUAUGAUGAUGAUCUUGAUGAUUCUGAAAUGGAUGUGCUCAAGUUUGAUGAGGACAGUUCUUCUUCCUUUAUCCAAAUUCGCUCAGUUGCCAAGAAGUAUCCUAAAACUUGGGUACAUUAUAUUGCUGCUGAAGAAGAAGACUGGGACUAUGCACCCUCUGUUCUCACUCCUGACGACAAAAGUUAUAAGAGCCAAUAUUUGAACAAUGGUCCUCAGCGUAUUGGUAGAAAGUACAAAAAAGUCCGAUUUAUGGCAUACACAGAUGAAACCUUUAAGACUCGUGAAGCUAUUCAGUAUGAAUCAGGAAUCCUCGGACCUUUACUUUAUGGGGAAGUUGGAGACACACUGUUGAUUAUAUUUAAGAAUCAAGCAAGCCGACCAUAUAACAUCUACCCUCAUGGAAUCACUGAUGUCAAACCUUUGCACUCAGGCAGAUUGCCAAAAGGUGUAAAAUAUUUGAAGGAUCUGCCGAUUCUGCCAGGAGAAAUAUUCAAAUAUAAAUGGACAGUGACUGUAGAAGAUGGACCAACUAAAUCAGAUCCUCGAUGCCUGACCCGCUAUUAGUCUAGUUCCAUUAACCCAGAGAAAGAUCUAGCUUCAGGACUCAUUGGCCCUCUCCUCAUCUGCUACAAAGAGUCUGUAGACCAAAGAGGAAACCAGAUGAUGUCAGACAAGAGAAAUGUUGUAUUAUUUUCUGUGUUUGACGAGAAUCAAAGCUGGUACUUCACAGAGAACAUGCAGCACUUCCUCCCCAGUGCAGCUGGAGUGCAGCCCGAGGAUCCAGAGUUCCAAGCUUCCAACAUUAUGCACAGCAUCAAUGGCUAUGUUUUUGAUAGCUUGCAGUUGUCAGUUUGUUUACAUGAAGUGGCAUACUGGUACAUUCUAAGCAUUGGAGCACAAACUGACUUCCUAUCUGUCUUCUUCUCUGGAUAUACCUUCAAACACAAAAUGGUCUAUGAAGACACACUUACCCUAUUUCCAUUCUCAGGAGAAACUGUCUUCAUGUCAAUGGAAAACCCAGGUCUAUGGGUUCUGGGGUGCCACAACUCAGAUUUUCGGAACAGAGGCAUGACAGCCUUAUUAAAGGUCUCUAGUUGUGGCAGAAACACUGGUGAUUACUAUGAAGACACAUAUGAAGGUAUUUCAACAUACUUGCUGAGUGAAACUAAUGUAGUUGAACCCAGAAGCUUCUCCCAGACUUCAAGGCACCCUAACACUAAGAAAAAGCAAUUCAAAGCCACCACAAUUCCAGAAAAUGACAUCAAGAAGAUUGACCCUCAGUUUGGAGAGAGAACACAGAUGCUUACAGUACAAAAUGUCUCCUCUAGUGAGUUGUUGAUUCUUUUGGAACAGAGUCCUACUGCACAUAGAUUAUCCUUAUCUUCACCUCAAGAAGAUACAUAUGAGACUAUUCCUGAAGAUCAUUCACCUGGAGCAAUAAAUAGAAAUGAGGGCCCCUCUGAAGUGGCACAUCCCAGGCCAGAACUUCAUUACAGUGGAAAUAUAGUAUUUACUCCUGAAUCAGGCCUUCAAUUAAGAUUAAAUGAGAAUUUUGGUACAACUACAGCAGUAGAAUUGAAUAAAUUUGAUUUAAAAGUUUCUAGUUCAUCAGAUAAUCUAACGACUUCACCAAGAAUUCCAUCAGACAGCUUGGCAUCAGACACUGAAAAUAUGGGUUUCUUAGAACUUCCAAAUAUGCCAGUUCACUUUAGUAGUCAUUUAAGCACCACUAUCUUUAACAAAAAAUCCUCUCCCCUUAUUGGGUCUGGUGUACCUCUGAGCUUGAGUGAAAGAAAUAAUUAUUCCAAGUUAUUAGAAGCAGCUUCAGUGAAUAGUCAAGAAAGUUCACUAAGAAAAAAUGUAUCAUUAAUGCAGACUGAUAUGUUAGUUAAAGAGAAAAGAGUUCAUGAACCUGCUUUGUUGAUUAAAGAUAAUACUUUAUUUAAAGUUAAUAUCUCUUUGGUAAAGACAAGCAAGGCAUCCACUAAUUCAACAACUAAUGGAAAGACUCGUAAUGGUGACCCAACAUUAUUCAUUGAUAAUAGCACUUUAGUAUGGCAAGAUAUUGUAUUAGAAAAUGAUACAGAGUUUCAAGAAGAGAAAUCUUUGAUUCCAGAUAAAAUGUUUGCAGAUACAAAUACUACAGCUUUAUGGCCAAAUCAUGUACCCAGUAAAACUGCCUCAUCAAAAAAUAUGGAAGCGACAUACCCAAAAGAAGGUUCUGUGUUACCAAAUGCAGAAAAUCUAGAUACAUCCUUCUUCAAGAUGCUGCUCUUGCCAGAAUCAGCAAAUUGGAUAAAAAGAACUCAUGGAAGGAAUUCCCUCAACUCUGGGCAGGGGUCCAAUUCAAAACAAUUAAUACCCUUAGGAUCAGAAAAGUCUGUGAAAGAUCAGAAUUUCUUGUCAGAGAAUAAUAAAGUGCAUGAAUUUACAAAGGACACAGGACUUAAAGAGAUUGUUUUUCCAAGCAGCAAGAGCAUCUUUCUUACUAAUGUAGCUAAUAUACAAGAAAAUGAUACACACAACCAAGAAAAAACAUUUCAGGAAGAGAUAGAAAGUAUGGAAACAUUAAAAGAGAAUGUAGUCUUGCCUCAGGUGUAUACAUUGACUGGCACUAAGAAUUUCCUGAAGAACCUUUUCUUACUGAGUAAUAGGCAAAAUGCAGAAGAUUUAGAUGAGAAAGCAUAUGCUCCAAUAUCUCAAGACACCAGAUCAUUAAAUGAUUCAGCAAACAGAGCAGAGAUUCACAUGGUCUAUUUCUCAAAAAGAAGAGAGGAGACAAAUUUGGAAGGCUUAGAAAAUCAGACCAAGCAAUUGGUAGGCAAGUAUCCAAGAACCACAGGGAUGUCUCCUAAUCCAAGCCAGCAUGAUGUUAUCACUGAACGUGGGAAGAGGGCUUUGAAGCUAUUCAGAGUCCCACUAGAAGAAAAAGAGCUUGAAAGGGGGCUAAUUGUGAAUGAUACCUCAACCCAUUGGCCCAGAAACAUGAAAUAUUUGAUCCAGGGAACCCUUACACAGAUAAAACUCAACAAGAAGGAGAAAAGGAUCACUGCUCAGGCUCACUUAUCAGAUUAUUCUGUGAGGAAUCAUGGGAUCACUCACACAAAUAACUCUGCAAUAGUCAUUGCAAAUGUAUCUGCAUUUCCAUCAAUUAGACCUACAUAUCUGACUAGGAUCCCAUCCCUAAACAGCUCUUCUCAUCUUCUAGCAUCAGCCUGUAGUAAUACUUUUAUGGGGAGAAAUUCUGUGGUUGAAGAAAGCAGUCAUUUCUUACAAGGAGUAAAAAAAAAUAACCUUUCUUUAAACAUCCUAACCUCAAAGGUAAUCAGAAAUCAAGGAAAGGUUGGUUCCUUGGAAACAAGUGCCACAAAUUCAGUCAUAUACAAGAAACUUAAGAAUACUGUUCUCUUGAAACGAGGCUGGCCUAAUGCACCUGGAAAAGUUGAACUCCUUCCUAAAAUUCACUUUCAUCAGGAAGAUCAGUUCCCUACAGAAAUUAACAAUGAGCCUCCUGGCCACCUGAAUCUCAUGGAAGAGAAUGUUCUUCAGAAAACACAGGGAGCUAUUAAACAGAAUAAAACAAAUGGACCUGGAAAGGUACACUUUCUGAAAGGAGCAAUAGAAAGUUCUGAAAAGACUCCUUCCAAGCUGCUGGGUCGUUUUGUUUGGGAUAACCAAUAUGAGACCCAGAUACUAAAAGAAAAAUGGAAAUCCCAAGAGAAGUCACCAAAAAACACAUCUUUUAAGACAAAUAACACCAUUUUGUCUUUGAACCCUUAUGAAAGGCAUCAUGCACUAGCAGCAAUAAAUGAACAACAAGAUAAGCCCCAAAGAGAAACCACUUGGGCAGAACAAGGAGGAGCUGGAAGGUUGUACUCUCAAAACCUACCAGUCUUGAAACGCCUUCAAAGAGAAAUAAUCUUACCUACUCUUCAGUCAAACCAGGAAGAAAUUGGCUAUGAUGAUACCCUCUCAAUUGAAAUAAAGAGAGAAGAUUUUGACAUUUAUGGUGAGGAUGAAAAUCAGGACCCCCGCAGCUUUCAUAAAAGAACACGACACUAUUUUAUUGCUGCAGUGGAGCGUCUUUGGGAUUAUGGGAUGAGUAGCUCCCCACAUGUUCUAAGAAGCAGGGGUCAGAGUGGCAGUGUGCCUCAAUUCAAGAAGGUAGUUUUCCAGGAAUUUGCUGAUGGUUCCUUUACUCAGCCCUUAUACCGUGGAGAACUAAAUGAACACCUGGGACUCUUGGGGCCAUACAUAAGAGCAGAAGUUGAAGACAAUAUCAUGGUAACAUUCAAAAACCAGGCCUCUCGUCCCUAUUCCUUCUACUCUAGUCUUAUUUCUUAUGAGGAAGAUCAGAAACAAGAAGCAGAACCUAGACAAAAUUUUGUCAAGCCUAAUGAAACCAAAACUUACUUUUGGAAAGUGCAACAUCAUAUGGCACCCACUAAAGAUGAGUUUGACUGCAAAGCCUGGGCUUAUUUCUCUGAUGUUGAUCUGGAAAAAGAUAUGCACUCAGGCUUAAUUGGACCCCUUCUGAUAUGCCACACUAACACAUUGAACCCUGCUCAUGGAAGACAAGUGACAGUGCAGGAAUUUGCUCUGUUUUUCACUAUAUUUGAUGAGACCAAGAGCUGGUACUUUACUGAAAACAUGGAAAGAAACUGCAGGGCUCCCUGCAAUAUCAAGAUGGAAGAUCCCACUUUUAAAGAAAAUUAUCGCUUCUAUGCAAUAAAUGGCUAUGUGAUGGAUACACUACCUGGCUUAGUAAUGGCUCAGGAUCAAAGGAUCCGAUGGUAUCUGCUCAGCAUGGGCAGCAGUGAAAACAUACAUUCUAUUCAUUUCAGUGGACAUGUAUUCACUGUAAGGAAAAAAGAGGAGUACAAAAUGGCAGUGUACAACCUCUACCCAGGUAUUUUUGAGACAGUGGAGAUGCUGCCAUCCAAAGCUGGAAUUUGGCGCAUAGAAUGCCUUAUUGGCGAGCACCUAUAUGCUGGGAUGAGCACUCUUUUUCUGGUGUACAACAAGAUGUGUCAGACACCCCUGGGAUUGGCUUCUGGACACAUUAAUUAUUUUCAGAUUACAGCUUCUGGACAAUACGGACAAUGGGCCCCUAAGCUGGCCAGACUUCAUUAUUCUGGAUCAAUAAAUGCCUGGAGUACCAAGGAUCCCUUUUCCUGGAUCAAGGUGGAUCUAUUGGCACCAAUGAUCAUUCAUGGCAUCAAGACCCAGGGUGCUCGUCAGAAGCUCUCCAGCCUCUACAUUUCUCAGUUUAUCAUCAUGUAUAGCCUUGAUGGGAAGAAGUGGCAGACUUAUAGAGGGAAUUCCACUGGGACAUUAAUGGUCUUCUUUGGCAAUGUGGAUUCAUCUGGGAUAAAGCACAAUAUUUUUAAUCCUCCAAUUAUUGCUCAGUAUAUCCGUUUGCACCCAACUCAUUACAGCAUUCGCAGCACUCUUCGCAUGGAGCUGAUGGGCUGUGAUUUAAAUAGUUGCAGCAUGCCAUUGGGAAUGGAGAGUAAAGCAAUAUCAGAUGCACAGAUUACUGCUUCAUCCUACUUUACCAAUUUAUUUGCCACCUGGUCUCCUUCACAAGCCCGACUUCACCUCCAGGGGAGGACUAAUGCCUGGAGACCUCAGGUAAAUAAUCCAAAAGAGUGGCUGCAAGUGGACUUCCAGAAGAUAAGGAAAGUCACAGGAAUCACCACCCAGGGAGUGAAAUCUCUCCUUAUCAGCAUGUACGUGAAGGAGUUCCUCAUUUCCAGCAGUAAUGAUGGCCAUCACUGGACUCUUUUUUUUCAGAAUGGCAGAGUAAAGGUUUUUCAAGGAAAUCAGGACUCCUUCACACCUGUAGUGAACUCUCUAGACCCACCAUUACUGACUCGCUAUCUUAGAAUUCAUCCCCAAAGUUGGGUAAACCAGAUUGCUCUGAGGCUGGAAGUUCUGGGCUGUGAGGCACAGCAGCUAUACUGAGGUUGGCUUCUGCAUCCUCUGCUCCAGGCCAUUCCCCACUUUGAGGCUAGCGCCCCUCUUGGGCUUGCCUUCUAGUUUUGUGCCUAAACUCCAGGUUACUCCCUACCCCACACUUUCUGAGGCGUCAUCAUUUUUCCACGUAUUUAAACUAUUCAACCCUAGCAGACACUGCCCUGAAGCCUCUCAAUUGUCAUUAAUCUUGCAUUUCCCAGGGGCGGUUGCUUCCAAUUUAACACUUGCCUUUUUACAUAGCUGUUCCCAGAUUGGUCCUUUCAACGUAAUUAGGCAAAAAAAAGAAGUGAGGAGAAACACAUAUAGGAAGGAUUCUUUUCUUACAAGUUAGGUCUCACAGAGCUACCCCUUCUCUUACUGUAGAAAAAAACUGAUGUAUUGAAAGUUGUUAGAAGAUAUUCAUGAUGUAAGCAUUUUUAAAUCAGGCUUCAUACAUUUAAAAUAAAACUCUCAUUUGCUUAUCAUCCUGGUCAAUCAUGGAACAAAACAUAUUUGGGGGUCAUAUCAAUGCGACCUUGAAGUCAAAAGGCAACUCAUUUUGACAGCAUACAAAACGGAGAUUAUACAAAAACUACCACAUUAAAGUCUAUUUUUCCUCCUUAUAGACAGAUACAACUAUCUUAUUUAGUCAUCUUGGGGCAUCGUUAGCGGCACAUUCAUAUCUCAAAAACUAAUGUUGUUAAACUGAGGCUCACAGAGGAGGAGUUCAAGAGCCCCUCAGUCCCCUGGAAAUUUUUAUAUAUUAUGUGUGUGUGCAUGUAACAAAAUAAUAUAUAUGGAUUUUUCUGAAAACAAUGUCCAUAGAUUUAAUCAGAUUUUAAAAUUAGUGAAAGGCCUUUAAAAACUUCCAUAUAAUAUCAGAAAGCUGUAGAAAUACAGUCAUUUGGUCUUAAUUCUGAUCAACAACAACCAAGAUAGGCCAGGAGUAUGGAAUUAUUGGGAACUCUGAAAUAAAAUGACAAUUUCCUCUUGAAAUUUAUGGUGGCCAAGAAAGGUGAUGAUGAAAUUCCAAUAAUGCAUUCAUUUUACUCCUGCUAAAUAUAUAUAUAUAUAUUUAAAAAAACACACAAAAAAAUGUAAC